GCCGCCGUCCUUAUAGCGUUGACGAUUGCCGUUAUUUCAGCGAGCGACAACGAUGGGAACGCUAAGCUGUUGUUAUUCGGCUUGCUCUCGGCAUAGUUCUUAAACUCGUGGCCGCACGUUGUAUGAACUCGGUUGUAUUUGUAUUAUAUUUUGUUAUGUUUAUGUAGAUUUUUUAAAAUUAAGUGUUUGGUGAAGUUGUUCUUUGGGCGAGUUCCGACUUGUGUUGUUGAAUUCGUCGUCGUUGCCGCCAUCGGUGAUCCGUUCUGUAACCGUCGGGUAUGUUCAAUUUCGCCAGUAAAAUGUUGAAUACCCUGAUGGGAGACAUGGACCAGCCACAACAGCAAAACACACCAGGACCUCCGUCUGGAUUUAUGACACAGCAGCAAAGGAAUCUCAGUAACCAACAAGAUUAUAACAGGCCUAGGCAGUACGGUAUGAAUCAAACGCCAUCGUCUACAGUUGGAGGAUAUGGUAUGAACAAUCAACAACAACAGUUGAGACAAUCUCAACAACAGACUUUGACCGGGGGUGAACAUUCAAAGCCAUCUUUUUAUCAACAGCCAACGCCUCAAGUGUACAACCGGUCUCAAAAGCCAGUUCCAAUGGCUAUGGUAGCAGCAGGCAUAGAACCGGAUCCACAGAAUUUGGAUUUGAGUCAUUUAAGUUUAGAAGAAAGAGCUCUCAUUCAAAAUGUUAUGGCAAAAGCUAAAAAUAUGGAAGAACCUACAAGUAACACAAAUAAUUCAUUACAAAGGCCUGUGGAUGGACUUAGACAAGGCUACAAUAGUGGAAAUUACUCAAAUCAACAGAGUAUGUAUUAUGGUAGCAAUAGCAGCGUUGCGCAACAACAAAAACAGCAGCAGCAGCAACAACAACCACAGCAGCAAAUUCAAUAUCAAAAUCAACAGCGACAGCGGCAGCAACAAGUACAACAACAAAGUAAUAAGUAUCAAGAUGCUAGCUAUCAAGAGCAACCACGACAUGCGCAAAAGAGUACUGUGUCAUACCAACCACAACAAUAUCCCCAGAACUCUCCACAGAUUCAGAUGCAGCAAAGUAUCAGUACAUCCCCUGGGUAUUCAUCUGGGAUGACUGCUAAACGUCAACAGCAACAGCAAAAACAGCAGCAACAACAACAACACCGUAUUAGUUUUAAUGGUAAUGAACAUCUUCAAUCAUCGCCAGAGCAAUUAUCGCCUGUAUCGCCAGAUAAUGAUACUUCUACUUACUUUCAAUAUGGUAAUCAACAAUCACUAGCUGAACGAUCGGGAUCAGAUUCUAGUGACGAUGUAAGUCUGGCAGAGUGUCUUGUCAAUGAAAUAAAUUUAAAGCCGAUGCCACUAUUGGACGAAAAUGGACAAAUAUUGAUGGAUGACUCGAAUAGAAUGCAACAUCAACAGCAGCAACAACAGCAGUUAAUUCAGCAACAACUGGAGCAAAAUCAGUUAAUAGACGCUGCUCAGUUGUACUACGAUAGAAGUCUGGGUGAUGUUUACACAAUACACGAAGAUGAAGAUGAGGUGAGCAGUCCAACAGGUGCAGACGGAGUGACCAGUCUUAGGAAAAGACAAAUGGCUAAUACAUUAACCGCUAUUUCUGGUUUAAGCGGUGCCGAGUUUCAAAAAGAAAAUGAAAAACUCUCAAACUUAAAAUUUGGUCAGGAUGGCCGAGCACAGACAAAAUUAAAUGAAUCAAUAUAUGAUCAAGGACGAUCGAAAAAAGCUAAUUCAUUAAUUCAAUCUGGUGUUCUAGGUCAGAACAAUAACUACCGCAAUACGGAAAACGAAUCAUUGUCAACAGCUUAUCAAAAUUCGUAUUGCGACCGGAAUUCGACAGAGAAUACAACGUAUGAAACUGAAAAUACAGUCUUUCAAGAUGAUCUGAAAAAAACGCCCGAAUACGAACGAAUAUGUAAACUGUUAAAUCAACCGAUAAAAACUUAUCAGCCACCGCCUCCGCAACAACAGCAGCUGAAAAAACAGCAUCAGCAGCAGCUCUUAAAAGGCCAGCAUAGUGGUGUUAAUAUUAAUAGUAGUUCGCCAAAAAAAGCCAUGAUUCGCGAACAAAAAAGUUUCGAUGGCAGCUCUGUGCACAGGCAUGGCGGUGGCGGUGGCGGAAAUCGACUGACACAUUGGAACGACCAAGGCAAUUACAAUCACAAUCCGUCCAGCCAUAUGGCCGUCAACUACAACCAGUUUGUUGGCAAGCAAACAGCCUCUUUUCCUAAUGAACAAGUGGAACAGAAUUUUGGACAAAAUGUGCCUCCUGAUAAAGAUUGUGGAACAAUAAGUGGAAUGUUAGCAGACUUUAGCCGUUCAAUAGCUAUUAUGAAUGGAUCAACGAAUACACCUAUUGUUACUAGUGAUCAAUUUGAAAAUAAUAACAAAUAUAAAUUCUGCGAACCCCAAGUAUAUGAAAAUUCAUUUGAUAAAUCACAACCACAAUACCAACAACAACAAAUGUUAGUGCAACAGCAGCAACAGAGGCAACUACAGCAACAGCAAUUACAAAAACAACAGCAGCAGCAAAUACAAAACCAACAACAAUUACAUCACCAACAACAGCAACAACAACAAUUGCAGCAGCAACAAAUUCUUCAACAGCAAUCUAGUUUUGAUGGAUUAGGGUCUAACAAACCUUUAACGCAAUUACGUAGGACCCAAUCAAUAAUAAGUCAAAAUCUUCAGGAUCAACAAUAUCAAAUGUAUUCUAAUGAUGUCAGUAACAAUAUGAUGCCUAGUAUAUUUGAACCAGAAAUCGUAAAUAAUUUAUCACAACAACAUCAAACGCCGCUAAUUUUAGGAGAAAACAGGCAAAUGCAAAUGGAACAAACUUUGCAAAAUCAACCAGUUUAUCAAGCUGAUAAUUCAAUAUUUUAUGGCCCAGGGCUACAUUCAUCAAGACAAAUGAUCAAUCAACCAGUUGAUCAAAUGAUAACGCCUAGACCAAUUAAUCAACAAGUCAUGAAUAACAAUAAUCAAUUUUUAGCUGGAGGUCCUCAAAAUAAUGUAUUAUUCUCUAACGAACUUAAUAACAGGACACUGAAUAACAUGGAACAGUUUUAUAAUAAGCGAGAACAACCGCUGUUUGAUGGUCAAACGAAUCAACAAUUAAUUAGUCAACAGACAUAUCCGAAUGAAAAUAGUGAAGUUUUGUAUCAACCUUAUCAAUCCCAAUAUACAUAUCAGCAUACUGAACAAAAAUCGUCAUUCGAACAACCUAUUCAACAGCACCAGCAAUUAUUGCAACAGCAACAGAAGCUUUAUCAACUUCAACAAUUACAACAACAGCAACAGCAACAGCAGCAGCAGCAGCAACAACAACAACAACAACAACAACAACAAAUACAGCAACAACAAAAACAAAUUUUUCAAAAAGAUGUUACUCAAUUCCCGAUUGAACAUCAAANGCAGCAGCAGCAGCAACAACAACAACAACAAAUACAGCAACAACAAAAACAAAUUUUUCAAAAAGAUGUUACUCAAUUCCCGAUUGAACAUCAAAAUCAACAAGACUUCAAUAGAGAACAGAAAUUAACAGAUUCUACUGGAAUGCCAGAUAAUCAUUUAGGACAAAAUAAUGAUAAUUUAUCUAUUGAUAAAAAAAAAAGCAAUUUUAAAACAGAAAAUAUCUCAUCAAUAGGUUUAGUUGAUAAAAACGCGUCUUAUAACAAUCAGAAUGAUAUUGCGAAUACGAACAAAAUUGAAGGACAGCGAUCCGAUAAUGUUCAAUUAAAAAAUCAAAAUCCUGACGUUGACCAGAGAACUCAAAAAACUGGUAAACCGUCAGGCCUUGUCACUGAGCAGAUGGCAGGUAAUAAACAAAUCAUAUCAUCAUCUUUAGGAAAUAAUUUGUCGGCUAUAAAAUAUGCUCAGCCUACGUCUCACUUGACUCCUCAAAGUACCCCGGUCAGUACACCAAGAGGUUUAAGAGAUUUGGCGGCUUCUCCAGAUACUUUAAGUGAAACUGAUUCAAUGAAAUCGUUUAGAAGUAGACGGCGACUGCCCGACCUGCCGCCAAAUCAAGAAGCAGCGCCAAUACCAAGUGCCAAAAAAAGAGAACGAAUGAUGAAGGCAAUGAUGGAUAAGUUUCGAUCAUUUUCAUCUGUCAGGAAUGUAUCGAAUUCUGAGUGUAUGACUCUAGGCAGUAUGUCUGCUAUGAGCAAAUUUGCUGGUCGUGGGAGGCCAAGUAUGAGCGAAACAAAUUUAUCAAAAUAUCGACCUCAAAGAGAUUUUGUCAAUUACUCUAGACCAGAGUCUGCGUUAGGUUUACUGCAAGGUUCCAGUUUAGUAAGCAGUACAGGAGAACCGAUGUCAAGACACUACGGCUACCCUAAAUACUCUACUGAAGGAGACAAUGAACUAGCCGCUUGUCUACCUCCAGAUUUGAGACACCUGUUAUCGUCAACAUCACAACAGCAGAGUCAAUUGGCUAGUUGCACUAAUACACUGAGCUCAUUAGGAUUGCAUAAAAAGCCAUUUGAAAGUUAUUUGACAGAUCGAAUACAAGCAUCAAGACAGGCUGCUCUUUUUGGUGAAGAUGAUCAUAGGUCACGGGUCUUAGGAGACCGUAGCGCCUAUGAGAUUUAUCGUUCUACAAGUAACAUGCCAGAUUUGGAAAGGCGCUUUAAUUACCAAAGACAAACGGUUGGUAGACUGAGAGCACCUCGCAAUGCUUAUGCCAAACAUUUGUCCGACAUGUGUGUUUAUGGUGAUGGUCAAGAUGUUGAAAUCGGUUACAGAAACGAUUAUCCUCUAAGACCUAGAUCUCGUUCGUACGAGAGUAAUUCAGUGGAGGAAUCAGGUAGACGACACUGGGAUAACAGCUACUUAAGUUCUGUUUAUGGCGGCAAUACUGGAGUGUUACGCGAGACGGCUAUUAAUUCUGUUUUAGAUCACGAACGACGUCGAAUGCACCCAGAUCACAAAAGUUUUAGAUGGGACAUGCGUCGUUUCAGUGACGGUACAGAUUCGCGGCCAUUUGAUUACAUGAAAUAUAGACGAUCCCGAUCAUGGGAUCCUUCGCCUUAUUCUAGUGAGGACGAAGAAGAAGAGCUACAAAGAGAGGAAAAAAAAGCCAAAAUAAAGGCAGAAAUAGCCAGACGUCGGCGUCAAAUUGAAGAAAACGUGAGACUUCACGAGGAAUUGUUGCGUUUGGCUAGGAUUCGUGAAAAUGCAGAACACGAGUAUUCACCACUUUCAGGUGGAUAUGGAAGACGGCAACUGACUGACGAUGAGUGCGAGGUGUUCACUCGAGCAGCCGAAAAAAUUGCUGAGGAACGGUCUAUGGAACGUAUAGCGUCCACGUUCAGGACUGAGGAUUACACAAGGGGUCUGUACGAACGGCUGGUUGACUUCUCGCCUAUAGCUGAUUAUACUCCCCCACAUGCAAUGCCACUACUGCCGGACAUGCCAACAAGGAGUCGGAAACUUCUCGAGAACCUUGGUAGUUCACCAAUCACUGACUCGAUGAUUUUAGAAAGCGAGCAGCAGAAACAAGCCGUACCAAAAAAAGUCAACUUUCUGGACGUUGCGUGAUUAACUUAAUUUAAAUAAAAUAAAUUAUUAUUAACCAAUAUUAAUCGUUGUACAAUAUAAUAUUAAUGAAUUUUGUGGCUGUAAUUUAACUUCGAAAGAUAUUUUGAGUGGGAUUAGUUAAUUGAAAAAAUUAUCUCAAAAUAUGUUUAAAUAGUAACAUAUAGGCAAAUAAUAUUUACAUUAAUAAAAUUAUUAUAAAUUUCUCUUAAUUCACGAUAAGUUUACUUUAUGAGUAUCAUAAAUCGUUAAUGUUUGAUAAGAUUUAUUAAACUAUGUUGAUUUUUAUCAAAAUAAUUUUUUUUAUGUCUACCAAAAAAUCUCAGCUCGCAGUAAUUUAAAUGUUAAAAAAUUAAAAACAAUGUGGAAUACUGGUAUCAAGUUAUUCAUCUUAAACUUUGAAAAGUAACUAAUGUCUUAUGUAAUAAAGUAUACAUUUCAUUGAUAAGAUAAUAUUUUAAUCGUUUUUUCUUCAUUGGAAAAUAAAGGUAUUAUAAGCUUGUUGCCUUAUUAAUUUUUGAAAACUGAUUAAUAAUAUUUAUAUUUUUUUGUUAAUGUUAUUUUAUUACUUAUUCUUUGAUCGACUAGAGCUGUUAAUCUUCUCAUAAGUAUAUUUAAAAAAUAAAAUUUAUGUCAAGUUUAGUUAUAUAAUGUUUCGUCCAAAUAGUUGUUAAUGAAAUUUUUAUUUAUUGCCCAAUAUAAUAAUACUGAUACAAUAUUGGUUAAAUACGUUACAAUUCUUGUUAACUUACAAGCACACGAACAUCGAAUUAUUAAUUCAUUUUUACUAUAAGAUUUAUUGUAAAGUUGUAUAUCUAAAAAUUAUUUGGCUAAGAAUUCAUAAAAUGUUACUACUUACUAUUCCAGGUAAAAUUUGAUCACUGCCCUUUUGAAAUCUACAAUAACUGUUUAGCGUUUAAUGUUUUUAUAUUUAAUUAUAUUUAUUCUUUAAUUUAUUUUGUAUUUUAUUCCACGAGCCCAAUACACUUGACUAACAUUAUUACUUUUUUUUAACCAUUCGUAACAUUAUGAACAAUGUAAACGUACACAUUUUUUUUAAACAUAUCGUCUUUAAAAGUGAUUUAGGAUUUUCUAUCCUACCCUUGUACCAUAUCAUUUUUACACUUGAGAUUGUUGUAUAUCGAGUGUACAAACCUUAUUUUAUAUUUUUUUUUAAUGGAAUUUUUUUUUCUAAAUAAAAGUUGUUUUAUACAUUAAUUCUAUCUAUAUUUGUUGUUAUCACUUAAUUUGCAUAUCUUUUAAGCUUCUCUUGUUAGAGAACUUUGUUGAAAAUUUAUUUUUUACACGGUUAAUGUUACCACGUUUGUUGUUCAAUUGUUUUUUCAUGAAAUAACGAACUGCCAUUCAUUGUAUGUUAUAUGUGUGAAUAUAAUAUUACUAUUAUAAUUAUUAAUAUUUUUGUUGAAAAUAGUUGAAUGUUACCAUAGUCGAUCCGACAAUUAAUUGUGAAAUUUUGUCAAGAAUUUAAUAAAAUAAAAUAAAAUAUUGGAAGAAAUAAAUAACUUUGGUAUACAUUUUUUUUUUUCAAUUUAUAAGAAAUAACUAGGAUUAAUUUUUAAAAGCAGAUUGUGUAUAUUAUUACAAUUAUUAAUUUUCUUUCAAUAUUUUAUUAUUGUGUAGAAAUUUAUUAUUUACCUAGACAUGAGUAACACAUAGCUUAGAUUGUAUUUUUCAUAGAAUAACGCGCGGCGAUAGUAUUUAGAUCUGCGUAUAUUGCAAGCGAGUGCUACAAUAGAAAAUAAUAUUAAAUUACUUGGUGGAAUACUUAAAAAAAAUAUAAAAUUAAUGUACGAAAAAAACAAAUAGAAAUUGAAAAACAAAACAAUUUUGCUUUCAGGGAGAUAGAAGAAAUAGACUAACGAACUUGGACCGCACAUGUCGACGUGAUCUGAGUACUACCAGAAAAACUAGAAAAAAUACCGGUUGGGCGCUUAAUAAUUAGGCAAAGCUAUGCGCUGAGGCCAAAAGACUGAGAUUUAUUAUAAUUAAAUUUUCAGUGCUAUUAAAUGUCGAUGAGCACAAUUUUUGGUACUAUUUUAUUCCAACUUCUAAAUAGCUUUUAUAAAUUAUUUUUAUGUUUUGUUGUAUUAAUAUAAACUUUAGUAAAUUUUUUUGUCUUGUACUUAAAAAAAAAAAUAAUAAUAAAAAAAGUCUAUAGUUAAAAAUUCUUUUUUAAUUUAAGCAUAAAGUUCUUCUAUGUCACUUUGUGUGUAUAAACACG